AACGCACCUCCUGUCAACUGGAGUAACCAGCUCCGGGUGUCUGCGUCAACACGGUGCGUGUCCGUGCGUUUGUUUGUCGGCUCGUAACCAGGUGGGGAAUUAAAAAAAAUAAAACCGAUUAUCUUGGCUGCUGUCUGCACUCAGACCCGGUGGAUGGUUUCUACCAGGCGGCUGACUGAGUCACAUGAUCACACAUCUGGUUUUCACUGAGAAUGAUUGGCUGACCUUUCAACCAUCUUCCUAGCUGCUCCACCCAGAGCGUGUUAUGCAGAGCGCAUGAUGUCAGAGAGCAGCUGCUAUGGCCUGCAGCAGCGGUCAGAGCAACGCUGAAACCCUGGAGGGGUUCCACGAGGUCAACCUGGCCUCGCCCACCACCCCUGACCUGCAGAACCAAACAGAGCAGCGCCCGCCCACUCAUCACAACACCCCGCCCACCUCCUUAUACCGCACACACUCCCUGGGGGCGCCACCAUCGAGUCUCCGCACCAACCUACGAGCGGACCAGCUGCCCACGCAGCCGGUUUACUCCACGCCGCGACACAGCCACAACGGCAAUGUACCAGGCCUGGAGGCGGAGUUGAGCGAUGGUGUCGGCCUAUCAGGAGAGGAUGGGGAGGAGUGCAGUGGCCUGAGUGACAGCCUGUCACGACUGCGCAGCCCGUCUGUGAUGGAGGUCCGAGAGAAAGGAUACGAGAGACUGAAGGAAGAGUUGGCCAAGGCCCAGCGGGAGCUGCUGUUGAAGGAUGAGGAGUGUGAGAGGUUGUCUAAAGUCCGAGACCAGCUCGGCCUGGAGCUGGAGGAGCUCACCGCCAGCCUCUUCCAGGAAGCUCAUAAAAUGGUCAAAGAAGCCAACGUCAAACAGGCGAAUGCUGAGAAACAGCUGAAGGAGGCGCUAGGAAAGAUCGACGUCCUGCAGGCGGAGGUCCAGGCGCUGAAGACACUGGUGCUGUCCUCCCCCACCUCCCCCGUGGGUGACCUCCCCUCCACAGUAGGUGCCGGGGUCAAGACCCCAUUCAGGAAGGGCCACAGCAGGAACAAGAGCACCUCCUCUGCCAUGUUGGGGUCACAGCCCGACCCCGCGGCCACGCAGCCGAUCGUACGGGAGUGUCGAGAGGCGGACGGUCAGCUGUUCAGCGAGUUCAAGGCAUGGAAGGAGGAGCCAACGCUGGACCGGACCUGCUGCUUUCUGGACCGGGUUUACCGUGAGGACAUCUAUCCCUGCUUAAGCUUCAACAAGAGCGAACUGGGGUCGGCCAUCUUGGAGGCGGUGGAGCAGAACACGCUGAGCGUGGAGCCGGUGGGUUUCCAGCCGCUGCCUGUGGUCAAAGCCUCGGCGGUGGAGUGCGGCGGACCAAACGGGCGGCGGGCUGAGCUCGUCACAAAAUGCGCCCUGAGCGGACAGACCAAAACCUGCAAGCACAGAAUCAAAUUCGGAGAUUCGUCCAACUAUUACUACGUGUCGCCGUACUGCAGAUACAGAAUCACAGCAGUGUGUAACUUCUUCACCUACAUCCGUUACAUCCACCAAGGGCUCGUCAAACAGCAGGACGCGGAGCAGAUGUUCUGGGAGGUGAUGCAGCUCCGCAGGGAAAUGUCUUUCGCCAAGCUCGGCUACUACAAAGACCAGCUGUGACCGACUGACAGCACGGCCCCGCCACUCACAGAGGGCCCCAGAGAACGCCCCGCCCUCCCCGGCACGCUCAUCCUGUCACUGCUUCCACCUGUGUGACCCUAAAAGACUGCGAACGGGCGUGCAGCUUCAGGAGGAGAACCCAGCAAUGUUUUUUAAAGCUUCAGGUGAAACGUGCAACACUCCGAUAUGAAGAAGACAAAAGCAAGUCUGGAAAAAUGCCGGCUACAAAAGGAAAUUAAUCUGUUAAAUCAAUGCCAAAAAUAAAAUUCAUCCCCACAUUAUAAAAUCUGCCGUUAGAUUAACAAGUAAAUUAAGACAUUUAAAACCUUCACAGUGACAAUUUAAACGGUGCUGGACAGAAAAUCUAAUUUUAUCAUGGUUUAAAGUUUAUUUUGAAACAAAUAAUUAUAGAGUUUAUUCCAGUGUAGUAAAGAUUAAAAAAAAAAGUUGACACGACCUAGUCUGAACAAAGAUAAAUCAGAAGAUUAAAGCUUUAAUGUCGACAGUUUAAUUUCUUUUUCCAGGCUGGUUUCUGUGCAGGUGUAGAAAUGACAUCAGGAAAAAACAUUCAUUUUUUUUAACGUUAAGAUAGCUUUUCCACUCGGGACAAAACUAUUUUAAUUGGACCAAAUUUUAUUUGGAACAGGCUAAACAACUGCUUGACAUUAUUGGAUGGUGUUGCCACUGAAGAGGUACAGGUGAACAUGUAAAUCUGAAGUAUGCAGUUUGCCGCUUACCUUAGCCUUCUGUCUUCAGAGUUAUGACAAGUCAAUGAGUGGUUAGUUUUUCUGCGCAAGGGGAACCCAACAAUGAUCAGCUUGUGGUCACUGGGAGGAAAGAGACUGCAGAACAGCCAGGAAGGUAAGCGGCUAACUGUAUAAUCAGUGGUUUUAAAGUAUUUCUUUUAGCGUUAACAUGCACGCCAUCUGUAGGGAUCCUCUCCAUACUAACAAACACCUCUGCUGACAUCUGCUAGUCAGUGGCAACAAGCAGUGGGUUUACUGAGCGUCUUCAGAUUGCACUGUCCAACGCAUUAGCCGAUUACUCCGCGACAGUGUUUGUGUGCUAAAUUAAAUUUGUCAAAGUGAAAACGUUAAACCCAAAAACAUUUUAUUUUACUUUUUGACUCAAAGCCAAAUUUUCACUGUAAGACAACAUGGCAAAGUCGCGUCAUCAAUUAGCCGUUUGACAAUCAGAAGGCGAUACGAGCCACAACCCCGUUGUUCGUCACGCAUAAACGAUCAGCCGGUAAGGAGCAAUCAAUGACUAACAGCCGGUACAAGUUAACUCUAACGGUAAAAUGGUAGCAUUGUACGAUAAAUGUGCACAUUUUCCUGAUGACACGCGGAGCUGCAGGAUGGUUUGGUUCAGACACCUAACACCAAAAUCACUUUGUUUACAGUCACAAAAAAGGAAUGAACUCCUUUUGCAUGAAGUUUGGCUGUUUUUUUUUUUUCCCCCAAAGUGAAGCAUUGGAGGAAUUUUUUCUUGUUCGUUCCAGGUUUUUUGUUGUUUUUGCUGUAUUUAGCCGACAUGUUAACACUAAUUUAUGCGUGAACGUUCACUGUUACCUGUAAACAUUAUUUUGUCUCAUUCCAAGUCAGUGUCGCUCUUCCAGUUUGGUUUAGUGCCUUUUCUCUGACACACAAAUUAAAAACAGGAAUACCUCU